CUGGGCGCGUGGCGCCAUCGUGCGGUCGAGUGCCGCCACCGCGGCUCCGGCCGGACUCUGUUUUCUCGUCGCCUGGCAACGCGGAAGAUAAAAGGGGCAGAGAUCGAAGGUCGCGGCGGCGCGGUGGGAACCAAUGAACGUCGCGCUCCCGGCACCGAGCCCUCGGCCUCGGACGAGCCGCGGCGACACCGUCCGUUCGUCGACAUGGCCGAAAAGAAAGAGGUGGACGUCGUCCAUCAGAACGCGAUUCACGUGGAGACGAUCCGGAAAGAGCAGAGGCACCAGAAGCUCCACACGGAGUUCAGCAUCAAUCCGCGAAGGAAACUGCAUGUGCUCACCGACAAACCCAUGUCCAAGAAACCAGCUGAAAACAUUGUGGAGAAUCCGGAGUUCCUCGAGGCCUUCCACAAGGCCCACCAGGAGCCCACCAAGAAAUAUCCGAUGCCAGUGACCGAGAGUCAGGAGAUCGGAUGGGUAUCAACUCCACUGGACAAGUUCAAGCCAAAGCCAUUAUAAAACUAUUCCGGAGAACCGAAGUGACGGGAGAAUACAUUUCAACCACAGGAGCACAGACGUCACCAGACAUAAAGAAUCUGCCCUGAAAGCUGGAAAAUAAACCCUCGGAAAAACAGUCA